AGGCGGCCCGGGCGGCGCUGCGCUGAGCGGAGCGGAACAGGGCGCGGGGCGGGGUGCGGCGCCGCCGCCGCUGGCGGGAGCGGCCGCGGGGCGGUGACUCGGGUGUGGAUUCCCCGUCCCGGUGAAGGCGCCGCGGGAGCGUGACCCCGGGGACGAGGCGGCGGGAGCGCUUUUGGCGGCCCGAGCGCCGCACCCUUCCCCUGCCCCAUGUCGGCGUGGCUCGGCCGGGCGGCGCUGCUGCUGCUGGGGCGGCCGGGGGGCCCCGCCGCCCCCUCCUCCUGCCUGGGCUCGCUGCGCGGCCCGCCGCGGUGCUGCUGCCGCCGCCGCCUGGGCAGCCUGCGAGGCGGCGCAGAGGGGUUGCUCCUCCCGUGGGGGUCGCCGCCGCCGCCCGGGCGGGCGCUGGGCACCCACCCCAAGAAGGAGCCGAUGGAGGCGUUAAACACGGCGCAGGGGGCCCGCGACUUCAUCUACAGCCUGCACUCCACGGAGCGGAGCUGCCUGCUGCGGGAGCUGCACCGCUUCGAGUCCAUCGCCAUCGCCCAAGACCCCAUAUCAGCUAGGGGAAGCUAUCAGCAAUAUGGGGAGACCUGGGCACUUCAAGAACCAAAUGGGGCCUGUUCCUCAGCCCAUUCCCACUCGAAGGAUGCAGUUCCAUCAACUAAUUGCCCUAGCGCGAAAUAUGACAGGACACACUAUCUGUGGCCUCCGCUAAUGGCAGAGGCUGCAGGGAAACCCAUCUUUCGCUGCAGCUGCUACGCUGAAGGACGGUCCUCAGAGAAGUUGGAGGUUGCACCACCAUCUCCUGGACAACUGAAACAUGUGUUCUUCCACAAUGCAUUACCUUUUGUAGGGUUUGGAUUUUUGGAUAACGCAAUUAUGAUUGCUGCGGGAACCCAAAUAGAGUUGUCAAUUGGAGUUGUCCUAGGAAUUUCAACUAUGGCAGCUGCAGCUUUGGGAAACCUUGUUUCAGAUUUAGCUGGACUGGGCCUUGCAGGUUAUGUAGAAGCUUUAGCAUCACGGCUGGGUCUGUCAAUCCCUGAUCUGACACCCAAACAAGCUGAUAUGUGGCAAACGCGUCUCAGUGCACACUUGGGUAAAGCUAUUGGAGUGACCAUUGGCUGCAUUUUAGGAAUGUUUCCUUUGUUGUUCUUUGGUGAUGAGGAAGAAAAACUGGAAGAAAAAAAUUAACCUUUUUACAAGACAAAUACAAAUGUAAACUACUGUACCUCAAUUAUUCAAUUAUGCUGUCAAUAUUUAGGAACUAACAGACAGUGAAAAAAUGUAUAGACUUGGGAACAAAACCUUCAGCAUGUCAUUUUAUGGAAACACUAAUUUAUUGUGGCUCAGUGUUCAGUACUUUUUAUAAAAUAUCAUCUAACUUUUUAUUUAA